AUGCCUAGUGGCCCAUCGCUUCAAACAUCCUCAGACUGGGAGCCGGUCGUCUGGCAGAAGUCCGCUCCAAAGGGCAAGAGUGCCAAGAGUGCGACAGAGGUGAACGCUGCUCGCCGAACAGGAGGCUAUGUUGAGACAGACAAGAAGUUUUCAGCUGGCACCAACACGUCCGCGCACUCCACGGUGCCCAAUGCGAAGAAGCUAGAUGAGAACGGUGAGACCUUCCGACACGCCACCGUGUCGCACGAAUUCAAGACCGCCCUCCAGCAGGCGCGUCUGGCGAAGAAGAUGACGCAGACCGCCCUAGCAACAGCCAUCAACGAGAAGGGCAGCGUCAUCAACGAGUAUGAGUCUGGCAAGGCCAUUCCGAAUGGCGCCAUCAUCAACAAGCUGAACAAGGCUCUCGGUGUCCGUCUGCCGAAGGCGAAGUAG